UUGUUGCGUUUUGUGAAUCUAGUGUUUGUGGUGCUCCGUUGCACAAGCCUUCUUUAUUUUAAGGUGUACCAACUAUUUGUUCGGCUAUCGUUUCUGUCCAUCCCGUGCAAAAAUGACCAGCUCAAGUGCUAAAGUUACCAUGAUGCGGCUCAUCAACGAGACCGGAAAAAGGAUGAAAAAUCUUAGUUCUUACGACUUCUACCAAGCCUGGCAGAAAUACGAUACCGACAAUAGCGGGUACAUCGAAGACCAGGAAGUUGAGAAAUUUUUGAAAGAAUUUCUCGUGAAUUUGGCGGGGAUGUCCAGUAAAGAGGCGCUGAGCCCUGCUGGCUUAAAAGAACUUUCGGCGGCAUUUUUGGCAGAACACGACAAAAACAAGGAUGGCAAAAUUAGUAUUGAAGAGUUAUCCAGCAUUUUGCCAACCGAUCAAAAGUUUCUUUUGGUUUUCCGUUUUGACAACCCGUUGGACUCCAGCGAAGACUUUAUGGUGGCAUGGAAAAAAUAUGAUGCCGACAAAAGUGGAUACAUAGAGGCUGGAGAAUUGGAGGGAUUUCUUAAAGAUGUCUUAAAAAAUCCAUCCCUGGACAAGAACACCAUCAACGAAUACACCAAACAACUCCUGGAAAUCUUUGAUUCUAACAAAGAUGGCAAACUCAGCCUCGGGGAAGCCGCACAGCUACUGCCAGUGAAACAGAAUUUUAUUCAUGCUGCGGCGCAAAAGACUAACCUCGGACAGCUUUCCCAACAGCAAAUCGCUACCAUUUUCAAGCAAUACGAUCGGGACAACUCAGGUUUCAUCCAAGCGUCGGAAAUAGACGGCCUUUCUGCCGACAUUGUACGAAUGGCCAAGAAGGACUACACUCAGGAUGAUAUCAAUACCCUUAGGGAUACCAUUAUCAAAGGAUGCGAUAUGGAUGGAGAUGGUAAAAUAAACGAAAAAGAGCUUGCAAUGAUUAUCGGAGCCGUUGCUAAAUCAACGUAAGCGCGGCGUUGACCGUUAUGGUAAAAGAGCUGUGCACUGUUUUUAAUGCACAACUUACAGUGAGACCUUUAGCGCUUUAACCCUGAUUAUCUUGUUAAUGAUGUAUCCCAGCAUAAGUAGUUUAAUAAAUGAAUAUAGAUUGCGGCGGACGACCGCAUUAUGUUGUUAAUUCUAAAGCUCUUCUGGUUUUUUUAAUGCAUGCUGGUUUUUUUGUGGAAUGUGGGUAGAUUGUGGAUGUUGACAAUGAAGCGCAGAAUCAUGA